UCAGGGCCUCCCGGCUGCCUCAGGCGGCCCGCGCUCUGCCCGCCCCUCCGCGGCGGGGAGGGCGGGCCGGGAGCCGGAAGAGGAGCCGCCGCAGCCUGCCUGACUUCCCCGGUAGGCAGGCAGGGAAGCAGGCAGGCGCCAUGCUGCAGUUCUUGGUUGGCUUUACUCUUGGCAAUGUGGUUGGGAUCUAUCUAGCUCAGAAUUAUGAUAUUCCUAACCUUGCAAAGAAGCUUGAAGACUUUAAGAAGGAUGUGGAAGCUAAGAAGAAACCUCCCAAUGACAAGUCCUGAGAGAGUGUUACCAGAUCACCUCUGUGCAAGUGUCAUGGAUGCAGUUUACCCUUCAGGCAGCAAAAGCCAAGCAGCACUUUGGCCUGGGAGGUUCUUCCACAUUUAGUCUCCAAGAACUGGAAUAUAUUUGUUUUAAAAGAACAAUCAUGAACUUUUCCUAGGACUAAUUUUAAGAGGUUUCAGUAUUUUGGAUUUGCAGCUAUGUGUGACUGGAAAAUAUUGUUUGUAUUUUUUGUUAUUGCUUUUCCUAAUAUUUGUAACUCAUUUUUACCUGAUCCAACUGGAGAAUGGUGUAAGUCCUGUUACUAUCCAUACCUCACACUUUGUAGUACCAUAAUUUUAAAACAUCACAAAAUAAAUUAAAUGCAUCAAGAGGUAA